AGAUCACCGAGGCAGUCCUCUCUUUAGAGUAGAGCAAAAACGGGAAGGGAAGCCUGAGGCUAUUUAGUGCCCCUCACCGGACCACGUGAUUGGAGAGCUCCCGCCCUUAGCCCUCUGAGCUAAGGGUUCGAAUCCUUUAUCCAAAACUGGAGGCAACCCAGUCCCACCGAUGUGAGGCGCCAAAGGACCAGUCCUGGGGCUCAUGGCGGUGCCGGUCCGCCUGGCCCGGAAACGCCCGCUGCCGAAAUGCCCCAACCCGCUCUUUGUACGUUGGCUGACUGAAUGGCGGGACGAGGCAGCCAGCAGGGGGCGCCGCACACAAUUUGUAUUUCAAAAGGCUCUGCGCUCACUCCGGCGUUACCCACUGCCCCUGCGCAGUGGCAAAGAAGCUAAGAUCCUAAGGCAUUUCGGCGACGGGAUCUGCCGGAUGCUGGACCAGCGGCUGCAGCAGCACCGAUCAUCGGGCGGUGAUCAUGCCCCGGGUUCACUUGCAGCAAACAGUCCAGCCCCGGAAGGGCCACCUGCCGAAGUCCAGGACUCUUCCGUGCCAGCAGAGAAGGGGAAAGGAAAGGUGGGAGCACCAGGAGUUCCAGCCCAGCCCAAGGUGGGAGGCUCUGGCAGCUACUGGCCAGCGCGGCACUCGGGCGCACGAGCCGUACUGCUGCUGCUCUACAGGGAACACCUGAAUCCUAGUGGCCACAGCUUCCUAACCAAGGAGGAGCUGCUGCAGAAGUGUGCGCAGGAGGCUCCUGGGGUGGCCCCCAGGAGUGCUCGACCCUGGCCAGCCCUCCGCUCUCUCCUCCACAGGAACCUAGUGCUCAGGACACACCAGCCAGCCAGGUACUCGCUGACUCCAGAGGGCCUGGAGCUGGCCCAGAGGUUGGCGGAGUCGGAGGGCCUGAGCUCACAGAACGUGGGCGUCGAGCCAGAGCCAGAGCCGGAGGAGCCUCCGGGGGAAGAGCCGGCAGUGCCAGGAUCAGCCUCAACUGAGCUCGGCGUCAGCGAAGGCAGCGUCCGGCAGCCACCGCUGGAGCUGAGGCCUGGGGAGUACAGGGUGCUGCUGUGUGUGGACGUCGGUGAGGCCAAGGGGGCGGGGCACAGGACAGAGCUGCUCCGGCAGCUGCAGAGGCUGCACGUGACCCACACCGUGCGCAGACUGCACGUUGGGGACUUCGUGUGGGUGGCACAGGAGACCAGGCCCAGCGACCCAGCCAGACCUGGGGAGCUGGUCCUGGACCACGUUGUGGAGCGCAAGCGGCUGGACGACCUGUGCAGCAGCAUCAUCGAUGGCCGCUUCCGGGAGCAGAAGUUCCGACUAAAGCGCUGUGGCCUGGGGCGCCUGGUGUACCUGGUGGAGGAGCACGGCUCAGCGCACAACCUCAGCCUUCCCGAGAGCACGCUGCUGCAGGCUGUCACCAACACUCAGGUCAUCGAUGGGUUCUUUGUGAAGCGCACAGCAGACAUUAAGGAGUCAGCUGCCUACCUGGCCCUCCUGACACGGGGCCUGGAGAGACUCUACCAGGGCCACACCCUACGCAGUCGCCCCUGGGGAACCCCAGCGCAGCCCGAACCAGGGGCUGGGCCCUCCCCAAAUCCCCUCUGCUCACUCCUCACCUUCAGUGACUUCAACGCGGGAGCCAUGAAGAACAAGGCCCAGUCCGUGAGGGAGGUGUUCGCCCGGCAGCUGAUGCAGGUGCGGGGGGUGAGCGGAGAGAAGGCAGCGGCCCUGGUGGAUCGGUACAGCACCCCCGCCAGCCUACUGGCCGCCUAUGAUGCCUGUGCCACCCCCAAGGAACAGGAGAUGCUGCUGAGCACCAUCAAGUGUGGGAGACUGCAGAGGAACCUGGGGCCUGCUCUGAGCAGGACCUUGUCCCAGCUCUACUGCAGCUACAGCCCCCUGACCUGAGGUGUACCACUGGCCGGACCCCAGCCCCCAUCUUCCCAGGCUAGCCGGCCUUUUAACCAGAAGCUUUUGGGUUACAAUAAAAAUCGAAGUGUUCGCAG